AAAUAAAUUUGUUUUACUGCAAAUCCCUGCACUUCGGGUUUCGCGGUACAUGUGACAGUUGAAGAGCAGGUGUGAGACAGUGGCCAACUUCUGAAUGUACCCAAAGGAUACAGUAAGACGCUGUAAAAGUCACCUCUGCGGUUUUCCAGGAGAUCAAACCCAGUUUCUCCUGCCUCCUCGUUGUGCUCUGGGUGGUGAGGCACAGGGCUGUCGAAAUUAAACUUCGUUUCCUCUGUAUUUUCGGACCUUUCUUAAUAAUCACCGCGCUUGAGCAGCGACAGCGGGGCAGCCUUUUUCCCUGUUCUGUUAGUGCCGCCGCAGGGCGGCAGGGAGCGCCCGCACGCUCAGGGUUUGAAGGUGGAUGGAUGGAGCACGAGUGCAUACUGUGUGGAUCUGCUCAUCUAGGGAGUCGUCUUUUAGCAGCUCAUGUAUCGCUGACAAGUGCUUUGAGUUGGAUGCUGACAAAUAUGAGAAUGAUCCAGAAUUAGAAAAGAUCCGAAAAGAGAGAAACUACUCCUGGAUGGACAUAAUAACCAUAUGCAAAGACAAACUACCAAAUUACGAAGAAAAGGUGAAGAUGUUUUACGAGGAGCAUUUACACCUGGAUGACGAGAUUCGCUACAUCCUGGACGGCAGUGGGUACUUCGACGUGAGGGAUCAAGAGGACAGGUGGAUCCGGAUCUUCAUGGAGAAAGGAGACAUGAUCACUCUCCCCGCCGGGAUGUACCACCGCUUCACACUGGAUGAGAAGAACUAUGUGAAGGCCAUGCGGCUGUUUGUGGGAGACCCAGUGUGGACGGCGUACAGCCGGCCGGCUGACCACUUCGAGGCCCGCGGGCAGUACCUAGAGUUUCUGGCGCAGACGGCCUAGUGGUGCCCUGGGGCCUGGCGCACCCCGGCCCCCCUUGUGACGGUCCCAGACCUGAUGGCAGCAGAAAAUCCGUUGUAUUGUCUUUGCUUUUGUGUUGUAGACUUGAGGCUAGGUGAGCUUUCCUCUGCAAGAUUGUUGGAUCAGAAUACGUUUUAAUGGGAGCAGCUGUAGAACCGGUUUGCACGUGGAAGCAUCUGUGAAGAUCUGGGCAAAUCCGCUCCUUUUCUCUGAUUCAGGAUCAGUGGUCAGCGGCCCUGUGUCAGCUCGUGCCUUCAGCUGUGACCCAGUGAGUUUCAGCGCCCCAAACGCAGCCCCUUAGCUGCCCCAUCUGGACCCGAUUCUUGGACUUUAAGGAGAUCCCAGGCGAGGCCACGCCUGCCCUGUACGGAGGAGCGAGAGGAUGACAGGAGUGCACAGAGGACGCUCUUCCCCAAACGCAGCCCCUUAGCUGCCCCAUCUGGACCCGAUUCUUGGACUUUAAGGAGAUCCCAGGCGAGGCCACGCCUGCCCUGUACGGAGGAGCGAGAGGAUGACAGGAGUGCACAGAGAGAGGACGCUCUUCCCCAAACACGGGGGAAGCUGGGUGGGGGGGUGCCGUGGGGGAUGGGCUGGCGUGUUAGGGGGACCCUCGCUUGAUUAUGCCACGUUCUUGUUCAAGAUAAAGUAGCUGCCUUCAUGUUACGCUUGUGGCUUGGAGUUACCUUAUAUUCUGGUACAUAUGGUUCCUUAAAAUCAUCCCACUUAGAUCCUUUGUGGGAUUGUAUGUGUGUCUAAUUAAUUUUUAUUUUAUCUGGGUUAUUACUUGUUCCAGGUGAGAUUUCUAGGUUAAACUCCCUACAGUAAAUCUCUUUUACAAUGCAAGCCUUUGAAUUUUAACAGAAAAA